AUGCGCAAUGUCCUCGCGCCGACUCGCCAGGCCCGUUACAUCCCGUGGAAGCGUGCGUCGCAGCGCGCUAAGCCGUUCAUCGCCGAGCCUGCUCGCCCCGACCCGAGUGACCAGGACGCUCUUGAGCACCCCGCCGUGCUUGCUGCCCGCGCGCGUGCGGCCGCCGCUGCCCGCGCCACGAAUGUCGGCGAGACGCCGACGGAGAUGCUGUCGAAGCUCCUCACGCUGCCGACGCAGCUGACGUUUGCGCGCCGCACGAUUUCGCCGGAGACGCCGGCUCUGCACGGUUCGCUGACGCUGAACGAUGUCGCGGAGCACAUUGCCAAGCUCCAGGGCCUGACGGGGAACGAUGUCGAGGUCAACUGGGUCGGACACGAGGUCGGCGAGCGUAUGAAGGAGCUCGGCAGCUGGGAGGCCAGCGUCGCGAUCAAGGGGUACGGAGGCGAGAGCGUCAAUGUCGAGGUCGAGGUUGUUCGUCAGGAGUAG